AUGACCGACCCUGUCACCAAGGCCAUCGAGGCAAUCAAUAGGUCCUCCCUCACCCCUGAGAAGAAGAAGUGCAUCAAUUUCCUAGAAGAUAAUGAAAACAAGGCACCGUUCAUAGUGAAUGCCGUUGCAACAGCCCCCAGUGAGGAUGAUCCUGAUCCGUUGGCUGCAUAUCUCAACAAGUUGAUCAAUACCCCUGCUGCCCCAAAAGGAUCACAACAACUGGCAGUCAACCAAAAAUUAUGGAUAAGGUAUAAUAAUGAAGAACAACUCGUCACAGUUGAAGAUGAUGAGACAUUCAAUGCUCUGCGGUUGCGCAAGACGCAUCGGUACUCUACUGAGAUUUAUUGA